AUGCCUCAUUCAAGGAACAUAGUGAUCGUAUUUGGUACUGACCCAGAGGUUAUCAGAGGUGGCCUACACGCCCCAGAUACGAUGACCAAUGCACAGUUCCUCACCCUACUUCAGGUCUUAAUCAAGGCACCUAGAGGAGGCUUUUAUACCUGCAAAGAGGGCUCGAAUCUGCCUGUCCAGCAAAAUAAUGAAAUUCUUCCCCAUGGCCGAUACAUAAUCUUCCCUGAUAUCCAAGGCCAAAUAGUGGAAGUAAGUGAUAAACGAUAUUAUCACCGCACAUUAUCAAGGUGUAACACCCGCCGAGAUGCCACCUUUAUACGGGACGUGAGACGACGUGAUGGUGGCUGCAUGAUUACGGGGUUUAUGAAUCGGGAGAUUAAAGAUGAUAGAUGGAUCGGCUUUGAGACAGCUCAUAUAAUCCCUCUAUCUUUAAGUGAUUCAUAUUUAUCAUCAAAAUUCCAAGCAAUCAUCCCAGAUAAAAAAAGGGGCAUUAAUUCCCCAAAUAACGGCAUUCUGCUUAACUCCGAAAUUCAUCAACUAUGGGAUAGCUACUCACUGGCUAUCAACCCACACGAUGGCUAUCGCGUUCAGAGCUUCCGGCCAAACUCCCAUAGGUAUCAUAACAUAGUCCUUAACACUGCGUGUCGCCGCCCUAAUGAUCCUCAUCGUGUUAUUGACGCUUUAUUCACCUGGCACUUUGAGCAGGCUGUACUCUACAAUAUGCGUGGUGAUGGAGAGCCGACUUUUGAGUUCGAUUGCCCACCUGGAAGCGAUAUAAUGGGCGUCAUCCGAGAGGGGCCUCUGCCUGCUGAGAGAAUGGAGGCGGAGCUCUUCGGGCGCCUAUACGGAUUGAGUGAUGACAAUCCCCAGUCUGGCCCAUAG